GGGCUGCCGGAGCUUUGCCGUCGUCGUCGGCCUGCACGCUUUCGGGACCUGGGCAGAGCCGGAGAGGAGUGCCAGUCCUGCCGCCGCCGCCGCCGUCGCCACCAUGGAGUGCAAGUGAGAGAGGAAGUCCGCCCGCCUUAUGUGUGCUUUUGCAGAAGUUGAGGCUUCCCCGCUGUUGCUGCCCGGAGCGCGAGCGGGGCCUUCGGCGCGCGCCCACCGAGGGUAUCAAAAGAGAGAAAACUGGCCUGAAGUGAAAUUGGGGAAAGCUGGGGAUUUGACAGCAUCCCCCCCUCCCCCAGAAUUUCUCCAUUGUCGAAUGUAGAGAUCUCCAUGGUAACUCAAACCCCCAACCUCUUCUCAGCAGCCUGCAAGAAGCAGUUUUCAACAGCUCAGAGGUCUCACGACCAGAGCGUGGAUCACACUUCUUGCAGACCUCAUCAUAUUGAGGUGGGGCUAAGAUGAGCAUAACCAGUGAUGAAGUGAAUUUCUUGGUGUAUCGCUAUCUUCAGGAGUCAGGUUUCUCCCAUUCAGCCUUCACAUUUGGAAUAGAGAGUCAUAUUAGCCAAUCCAACAUCAAUGGGACACUAGUGCCACCUGCUGCCCUCAUCUCCAUACUUCAGAAAGGCCUGCAGUAUGUGGAAGCAGAGAUCAGCAUCAAUGAGGACGGCACAGUGUUUGACGGCAGGCCUAUAGAGUCGCUAUCGUUGAUAGACGCAGUAAUGCCUGACGUGGUACAGACUCGGCAGCAGGCUUUGCGGGAGAAAUUAGCUCAACAGCAAGCUAGCACGGCACCGGUCACAGCACCGGCCACCACGGCCACCACAGCUUCUACAGCAACGACAACUGCUGUCCCACAGCAGAACACACCAAAGAAUGGAGAAGCCACUGUGAAUGGAGAGGAGAAUGGGGCACAUGCAAUAAAUAAUCAUUCAAAGCCAAUGGAAAUUGAUGGGGAUGUUGAAAUUCCUUCUAACAAAGCAACAGUCCUCCGGGGUCAUGAAUCAGAGGUGUUCAUCUGUGCCUGGAAUCCUGUCAGUGAUCUGCUAGCAUCCGGAUCUGGUGACUCUACGGCCAGAAUAUGGAAUCUAAAUGAGAACAGUAAUGGUAGUUCCACUCAACUCGUCUUGAGGCACUGCAUAAGAGAAGGAGGACAUGAUGUUCCCAGCAAUAAGGAUGUAACAUCGUUGGACUGGAAUACUGAUGGGACGCUGUUGGCUACAGGAUCUUAUGAUGGCUUUGCAAGAAUAUGGACAGAAGAUGGAAAUCUUGCAAGCACCUUAGGUCAACAUAAAGGGCCCAUCUUUGCUCUGAAGUGGAACAAAAAGGGAAAUUACAUUUUAAGUGCUGGAGUUGAUAAAACAACAAUAAUUUGGGAUGCUCAUACAGGAGAAGCUAAACAGCAGUUUCCUUUCCACUCAGCCCCUGCUCUGGAUGUAGACUGGCAGAACAACACUACUUUUGCAUCCUGCAGCACGGACAUGUGCAUACAUGUAUGCAGACUAGGAUGUGAUCGUCCAGUCAAAACUUUUCAAGGCCAUACGAAUGAGGUCAAUGCUAUCAAAUGGGAUCCUUCUGGGAUGCUUCUAGCGUCGUGCUCAGAUGAUAUGACAUUAAAGAUUUGGAGUAUGAAGCAAGAUGUGUGUGUACAUGACCUUCAGGCACACAACAAAGAGAUUUAUACUAUCAAAUGGAGUCCGACGGGACCAGGGACCAACAACCCAAACUCUAAUAUUAUGUUGGCAAGUGCUUCAUUCGACUCUACUGUUCGGUUGUGGGACGUCGAAAGAGGAGUCUGCACUCACAUGUUAACCAAACAUCAAGAGCCUGUCUACAGCGUAGCUUUUAGUCCUGACGGAAAAUACUUGGCCAGUGGGUCCUUUGACAAGUGUGUCCAUAUAUGGAACACUCAGAAUGGAACUCUAGUACAUAGCUACAGAGGCACUGGAGGAAUAUUUGAAGUCUGCUGGAAUGCUAAAGGAGACAAAGUGGGGGCUAGUGCAUCAGAUGGAUCGGUUUGUGUUCUAGACCUGCGAAAGUAAAUGUUUUAGAAGAAAAUUCGCAAAUGGACCAGCAUUGAAUGUGUGGGUAGAAGCACUCUUCAAAACUAUUUUUUAACAUCUCUAGAACUGCAAGAACAGGGGGAAACAAACAGAAACUAGGCGGGGGGGGACCCCAGAGUGUACAACAAAGGCAACUCUCCCAGGCGGCAGAAGCCUGCAAAAUGUUUUGUCCAUAACCUUCACCGAGGAGUUAAGACACAAUCACGUAGGGGGAGGGGUUGGGGAUGGUUUCCACCUGGAACCUUCAGCCUUUGGAAGCAAGAGGCCACCACCAGCUAAGACCCCGUAGUGUUUGGUUUGGGUCUCUGAGAACUCGCUCUGAUGGCUGCAGAAAAGAAGAGAAAAGCUGUGCCAAAAAUGAUAAUAAUUAAAAAAA